AUGUCUGGAAAAGAUACUGAUGGAGCUGAAAUGGCAGCAGGCGGUAUACAGCCGAGGUCAGAAGAGGGGAAGGAGGUCAAAUUAGAGAAUUUUACGGGAAAAGAACCAAUAAGGGCACUCCAGUCUUUAGGUAAUUGGGGUGUGGUUCCUAAGCAACCUUUUGUAUUACCUAAGAUGGUAAGCACCCCUAAGACGCCUAAACAAGGCAGUCAAACUCCUGAAGAAUUUGAUUUGUCUGAAUUGGAGCGAACAUUAAGUCUCACUGCAAAUAGUGCCAAUCACCCUAGGAUUAUUUCUAUAUUCUCCGGGGAUGACCCUCCACAAAAGGGUGAGGCUACUUACAUAGAGUGGAGGUUUGAAACCUCUCGUUAUAUCAACGACCCGGAUAUUCUGGAAAGUGCUGUAGUACAAGCUAUCCGGAGGUCGUUAAGGGGUACAGCUAGGAGAAUGUUGAUUCCUUUAGGCUCCACUGCAACUCCUACUGAUAUCUUGGAGAAGCUGGACAUGUUGUUUGGUGACAUAUCAACACAUGGGAUGAUCAUGCAGGAAUUUUCUAAUUGUUCCCAAAGACCUGAUGAGUCUGCUACCAACUUUGGAUGUCGAUUGGAAACUUUAUUGCAAACUGCAAUCGAAAAUGGUUCUUUACAACCUUUAUCCAAAAACGAUUUUCUCUGGCAUAAAUUUUGGACAUCACUUUAUAGUGAUAAACUCAAAAGCCAGAAAAGACACAACUCAAAAGCCAGACAAGACACAAGUAUGACAAUGUCACAGAUUAUAACUUACUGUUGCGCGAGAUUAGAAUUGUUGAAAAGGAGUUAA